UGAAUAGCAGAAGACACCGUUCAAUGAGAACGGGAACCAAUCACAGGUGUCGUCUCGUUCAUCUCUGCUUUUUGGUGUUUCUACUUGAACUGCUACUGACUGAUACUGACGUGCGCAACUGAUUUAGGUGGUGGUGGUUUGUGUUUUUAUUGUAAAUUUUACAAAGAGAAUGGCUGCGCAAUGGAUACGAAAUGCAGUUCCGAAAAUCGGUUCUGCUCGUUAUUACAGCAGUAAAGUUCACAAAUGCACGCUUAUUCCUGGAGAUGGUAUCGGACCCGAAAUUUCUGCUGCUGUCCAAAAGAUUUUCGAUGCUGCAAAGGUACCAAUAGAAUGGGAGUCUGUCGAUGUAACACCAGUGAGAGGUCCAGAUGGGAAGUUUGGUAUUCCACAAGCUGCAAUCGAUUCGGUUAACAGGAAUAAAAUUGGUCUGAAAGGGCCAUUGAUGACACCCAUAGGAAAAGGGCACAGAUCUUUAAAUCUUGCACUAAGAAAGGAAUUCAAUUUGUAUGCUAACGUCCGACCAUGUCGUUCGUUAGAAGGUUACAAAACGCUAUAUGACAACGUAGAUGUUGUCACUAUUAGAGAAAAUACAGAAGGAGAAUACUCCGGUAUAGAGCACGAAAUAGUAGAAGGAGUAGUACAGUCAAUUAAGUUAAUUACAGAAGAAGCUUCCAGUCGAGUAGCAGAAUUUGCUUUUCAGUAUGCUCAAGACAAUAACAGGAAAAAGGUAACCGCUGUACAUAAAGCAAACAUAAUGAGGAUGUCAGAUGGUUUGUUCUUAAGAUGCUGUAGAGAUGCUGCACAGAAAUUUCCAAACAUUAAAUUUGAGGAAAAGUAUUUGGACACAGUAUGUUUGAACAUGGUUCAAGAUCCCGGUCAAUACGACGUACUUGUAAUGCCGAACUUAUAUGGUGACAUUUUAUCUGAUAUGUGUGCUGGACUUGUUGGAGGACUUGGUCUUACACCAAGUGGAAAUAUUGGUCUCAACGGUGCACUAUUCGAAUCUGUACAUGGAACGGCACCGGACAUAGCAGGUCAAGAUAAAGCAAAUCCUACAGCGUUACUGCUCUCUGCUGUAAUGAUGUUGAAACAUAUGGGAUUAAAUCAGCAGGCAAAAAUUAUUGAAAAUGCUGCUUACGAUACUAUUAAAGAAAGCAAAUAUUUAACAGGAGAUCUUGGUGGAACUGCUAAAUGCAGUGAAUACACCGAUGAAAUUUGCAAGAAGGUGUCAGCACUAGCAAAAUAGAUGAAAUAAAAGGUAUAUGAGACAUAAACUGCCAAAUACUCGUAGAAAUGAUACAUAUGAAGUAAAACGCCGUUUGUGAAGGCCUUUGUAAAUUGUUCUCUUUAAAUAUUACUUUUAAUGCUCCUUCCUCAGGAUAUACCUGGAAUUUGAUGAGAAAUGAAUUUAAUGUAGGAGAAGGAUGCCUUGUUCAUCACACACAUUUAGAUGAUUCUUUUUUCGAGUACUUUAAUUAGAGUUUAUUGUAAAAUAUAAUGUUACUUAAUUUCGUGGAUUUGUUAAUGUGUAAUAGCAUUUAAUACGAUUUUAUUGUAACGGAACACGCUGUCUAACCGCGUGUAUUGACUGAAUGUACGUAUAUGUAUGUCUGUCAUAUUUCUUUAUUGUAAAAGGAGCAUUCUAAUAGGAUCUGUAAAAAAUUAGGCAUACAAAUUAAUGUAGAAAUGCUGUAUUAUACUUUUAAAUGAAGCCGAAUGUGUGUGCCUCGGUAAUGAUUUUCAAAGAGCAACAUUGCGCAGUAUUACACAUCAAUAAAAUAUAAAAAAAUCUUA